UUAACCCCAAAAAAUAUGUCAAAAUGGCGGUGCCCUCAGCUUCUCUAAAUACGCGAAAUAAAAAGCAUUUUUUAGGCGUACCAGCGCCUUUGGGAUAUGUUGCCGGUGUUGGUAGAGGAGCUACCGGAUUCACAACACGGUCUGAUAUCGGACCUGCCCGAGAUGCCAAUGACGUUUCAGAUGACAGACACGCUCCGCCUACAAAACGCGCAAAAAAGAAAGAAGAAGAGGAAGAAGAUGAGGAAGAUUUGAACGACUCCAAUUAUGACGAGUUUUCAGGAUACGGAGGUUCUCUGUUUAGCAAGGAUCCUUAUGAUAAAGAUGACGAAGAAGCGGAUGCGAUUUACGAAGCUAUCGACAAACGUAUGGACGAGAAACGCAAAGAGUACAGAGAGAAACGUCUGAGGGAGGAAUUGGAACGUUAUCGUCAGGAACGUCCUAAGAUUCAACAGCAAUUCUCAGACUUGAAGAGAGAACUGGUCAACGUAACCGAAGACGAAUGGAGAAACGUUCCCGAGGUCGGAGAUGCUAGAAAUCGCAAACAACGUAAUCCAAGAGCGGAGAAGUUCACCCCGUUGCCGGAUUCCGUCUUGGCCAGAAAUUUGGGAGGCGAAACGUCCACCAGUAUCGAUCCGUCCAGCGGUCUGGCUUCCAUGAUGCCGGGUGUAGCUACACCCGGUAUGUUAACUCCCACGGGUGAUCUUGAUCUCAGGAAAAUUGGACAAGCCAGAAACACGCUGAUGAAUGUCAAACUUAACCAGGUUUCCGAUUCGGUGGAAGGCCAAACUGUGGUCGAUCCGAAAGGAUAUCUCACCGAUUUGCAAAGCAUGAUACCCACUUACGGUGGUGAUAUAAAUGAUAUAAAGAAAGCCAGAUUGUUGUUGAAAUCAGUUCGGGAAACCAAUCCCAAUCAUCCGCCCGCUUGGAUCGCGUCUGCGCGUUUGGAAGAGGUGACUGGAAAGGUUCAAGCGGCGAGAAAUUUGAUAAUGAAGGGGUGCGAGGUAAAUCCGACUUCUGAAGAUCUGUGGUUGGAAGCCGCGAGACUGCAGCCGCCGGACACGGCAAAGGCGGUAAUAGCGCAAUCGGUCCGACACAUUCCGACGUCCGUUAGAAUCUGGAUAAAAGCUGCCGAUUUGGAAUCGGAGGUUAAAGCAAAAAGAAAGGUUUAUCGAAAAGCGUUGGAACAUAUACCGAAUUCGGUGCGAUUGUGGAAAGCGGCUGUGGAAUUGGAAGAGCCCGAGGACGCUCGCAUCUUGCUUAGUCGCGCGGUCGAAUGUUGUCCGACCAGCGUUGAUUUGUGGCUCGCUCUUGCGAGAUUGGAAACUUACGACAACGCGAGAAAAGUAUUGAACAAGGCACGAGAGAAUAUACCAACCGACAGACAAAUUUGGACGACAGCUGCAAAAUUAGAAGAAGCGAAUGGCAAUAAGCACAUGGUGGAGAAGAUAAUCGACCGUGCUAUAUCGUCGUUGAGUGCAAACGGAGUGGAAAUCAACAGGGAACAUUGGUUUAAGGAAGCCAUGGAAGCUGAGAAAGCAGGCGCUGUUCACUGCUGUCAGGUUAUCGUCAAAGCUAUUAUUGGUUUUGGCGUGGAAGAGGAGGAUAGAAAACACACUUGGAUGGAAGAUGCAGAAACUUGCGCUCUUCAAGGUGCGUUGGAAUGCGCCAGAGCUGUCUACGCGUAUGCGUUGACAACAUUUCCUAGCAAGAAAUCGAUCUGGCUACGUGCGGCUUACUUCGAAAAGACGUACGGUACAAGAGAAUCGCUAGAAGCGCUGCUACAAAGAGCGGUUGCUCACUGUCCUAAGAGCGAAGUACUUUGGUUGAUGGGUGCCAAAUCGAAGUGGUUGGCUGGUGAUGUGCCAGCAGCCAGAGGUAUCUUAUCUCUUGCUUUUCAAGCUAAUCCGAAUUCCGAGGAAAUUUGGCUGGCCGCGGUUAAACUCGAGUCCGAAAAUUCGGAAUACGAGAGAGCGCGACGGUUGUUGGCAAAAGCUAGAGCAUCCGCACCAACACCGAGGGUCAUGAUGAAGAGCGCCAAGUUGGAAUGGGCUCUUAACAAUCUCGACGCGGCUUUACAUCUUUUGAAAGAAGCUCUCGAAGCUUUCGAUGAUUUUCCAAAGUUGUGGUUAAUGAAAGGUCAAAUUGAAGAGCAGCAAGGUUAUCUGGAUAAAGCGAUAGAAACGUACAAUCAAGCGAUCAAGAAAUGUCCAAAUUCUAUACCUCUGUGGCGUUUGCUGGCGCAAUUGGAACACAGGAAGAAUCAAGUGACAAAAGCGCGUUCGGUUUUAGAAAAAGCGAGACUUAAGAAUCCCAAGAACGCGGAGUUGUGGUUGGAAGCAAUACGGAACGAAUUGAAGAGCGGCGGCGUUCGCGACAUGGCAAACACAUUAAUGGCCAAGGCGUUGCAAGAAUGUCCCACGUCCGGUCUGCUCUGGGCGGAGGCGAUUUUCAUGGAACCUCGACCUCAACGAAAAACGAAGAGUGUGGACGCCCUGAAAAAGUGCGAGCACGACCCACACGUUCUUCUAGCAGUAUCAAAAUUAUUUUGGUGCGAACACAAGAUUUCAAAGUGCAGAGAUUGGUUCAAUCGAACGGUGAAAAUAGAUCCAGAUUUGGGAGAUGCGUGGGCGUAUUUCUACAAAUUUGAAUUACUGAACGGCACGGAAGAGCAACAAGAAGAUGUGAAAAAAAGAUGUAUCGCUGCGGAGCCUCAUCAUGGCGAACAUUGGUGCAAAGUUUCCAAGAAUAUAGCGAAUUGGUGUCUUAGCAUAGAUCAGAUAUUGGUAUUAGUUGCAAGAGAGUUACCUAUUCCUAUAUAAAUUUCUUUUACGACGUACAGUAAAAAAUUUUAUUUAUGAACAAUCAAAUCGAUACGAUCUACUGCAACACUUUGCAGUUACGAUAAUCUGUUAGUAUGUAAGUUUGUAAAUAAAGUUAAAAAAAAUAUUAGAAUUAGUUUUAUAAUUUUAGUAUCUUACACGUGUAUGGUGUAUUUUAUUUAGUGUUGCGACAUAUGUGAAGUUUAUAUUACGCGAAACAUUUCAGUCUAAAAUGAGGGCAAUCAGUAAUAAUAAUCUUCGAAAACUUGUGAGCCAAUAUGUGUAAGUGAAUUAAAAAUAUAUAUAUGUGUUUAGAGAAACAAAUCAAGAGAUUUAUUCGCUAGAAAGCAGACUUAAAAUAUACCGGAUAUUUCGUUCAAAAUGUAAUUUGGAACGAGCAAAGCAAAAUAAAAACAAUUUGGCAGUUGUCGAAAUGAUACUGUGUGACAAAAACUUGUUUUGAUUCUAUUAUUGUGUAGCCUGAGUUUUGUUGGUAAAAGAAAAGUGUGUCCGACAUUUUAUAUAAGUGCUCUAUUGAUUUUAGCCCAGAUAGCCAAAUGUGAAAACUCAA